GCAGACUUUGCCAUGGGGUGCGGACUAAGGAAACUAGAAGAUCCGGAUGAUAGCAGCCCUGGAAAGAUAUUUUCAACACUGAAGAGACCUCAAGUGGAAACAAAGGCAGACUCAGCUUAUGAGUACAUAUUGCUAGAUUUUACGCUGGAAGGGUCAUCAAAUCCAGAUGUUAUCAAGAUCAGCUCUGUGCUGGAUAUUGUGAAAAAGGUAGAAGAGUAUUAUACUAAAGGUUAUGUGGUGGGAGCCAUUCACCCCAUUUUACUGUCUGUUGGACGAAGAAGGCACUUUCCAGCAAGCCAUCUAUACAGAGUUGUCCUGUUGCGUCUCAAAUUAAGCCAGAAGCAUUCCGCAUCCAGAGCGCACCGACACCCCAAGCUUGUGAUUGAGGAGUGUCCUUUGACGUACGAAACGCUGACAAACGAGGCAGUAAAGGGGCUGUUAGAGAAAAUCAACGACACUGCCAAAAGAGGGAUGAAGUUUGUGGGAUUCAUAACACAGCCUUGCCCUCAAUCUCAAGUCUGCAAUGGCACAAGCCCGGAUGGAAACACCGAGUCCGACUCAACGCUGGGCAGGAGGAACCGGGAGCAGGGGAGGCACAACUCCGACGAAAAUGUCAAGAACUGGAACGAAGAGACGCUGAGUGGUCAGUCCUCCGAGAGUGGAAUAGAGGAAGAAAUUCAGCCGGACGGUGGACAUUGUCCAGAUUCUGACUUUCAAGAGAGAAGAGAAGGCAGUCCCGGCCCUACAAAAUUAAGGAAAGGAGAAGAGAACAGACUUUACACCAUCUUCAAUGUCUUUGAGGAUGAUUCUACCUGCUGGACGUAUCACGAUGGCAUCUUAUCUCUCAAAGUGACAAGGAAAGGGCCUGUGAUUAGUACUCUGGAUGCUGAUUGGCUAGAAUUAACCACAUAUUAUUAUAAACAAGGACUGUCAUUAAUUGAUUCAUUCGUAUACUGGGAAGCUUCUAAAGUUGAUCACCUGUCCAAAUCAUUAGAAGGCUUGUUUAUAUAUGAAGAAGGUGGUUCGGGAGUCCCAGGUUCGAACAGGAAAGGAAAUGAUGCAAUAGUUGUAGAACAGUGGACUGUCAUUGAGGGCAGUGAGAUCAAAACAGAUUAUGGUCCUUUGCUGCACACGUUGGCUGAGUUUGGCUGGCUUUUAACAUGUGUACUGCCUACACCAAUCAUCCGACUGGACAGUGAGGGCAACCUGGCCACUAAGCAAGUGGUUUUCCUUCAGAGACCUGUCAUGUGGAAUUCAGCUGUCCAGACACCCGAGAAGAAACCUGCCAAGCAGCUCCGAGAAGAAAAAGGCAAAGUCUCAAGCAGAAGCGCUGGAGUGGAGCCAGCGAUUCCCCACCCUGCACAAAAGACCCAGCCGACAGAUGAGUUCCACUUGUCCCCUCCUACACCGUGUUGGGCCAAGGAAGGAGGUGCACAACAGGGAAACUUUCCGGGAUUCGGCAGCAGCGACGGCCUGCUCAGGGAAUUGGACGAGGGACAGUUUGAGCAGGAAGUCACCCAGGUCACCUGUAUGUAACCAGUAACUGGACUGGAAGGACCUGUACA